AUGGCCGAGGUGAUCGGCAAGGCCCUCAUCGGCUACCGCAUCAAGGUUUGGUGGGCUGGCGACAGGAAAUGGUACCCUGGCGAAGUCACCGAGGCGGCGGCCGGAAGGGUGCAUUUGUCUCGACAGUGGAAUGAGGGCGGCGCGCUUCUGGACAACUUCGUUCGGUACGACGAUGGGGAAACGAAGUGGCAUAGCCUCUGGCACGUUGGCGAAAAAUGGGAGGUGGUCAAGCCGCCGAGCGGGGUCAAGGCCUUGUCAAGGCCGGCGGCUGUUGCCUACGAGAUGUGCGGCAUAAACGGCUGUCCGCUCCUGAGCGGGCACGCCGGCAUGUGCGUCAUCGAGAACGCGAAGGGUCGCCGCUGCAGCGGCCCGUCGCCCGCGGCUGCUGCGUCGGCCAAGCCGGCGGCGAAGGCCGCAACACAGGCGGCGGUGCCAGCGGCAGCGGCGGUGAUGGCGGCGCCGAAAGCGGCGCCGAAGCCGGAGCAGGCAAGCCAGAAGCGGGCACGCGCACCCAAGCCAACGUCCGGCAGCUCCAGCGGCGGCGGCUCCGGCGGCGGCGGCUCCGGCUCUGGCGGUCGCGGCAGCGGCGGCGGUCGCGGCAGCGGCGGCGGUCGCGGUGGCGGCGGUGCUGGCAGUGGUGGUGGUGGCGGCGGCGGCGGCGGUAGCAGCAGCAGCGAGGACGACUCACCACUCUCGAAGCGAGUCGGCGUGGGCGCUGGGUCGGGCGGCAGCUUUGAAGCGAGAUCGCGCGAGAUCACGCGAGGUCUGCCCGAGAUCACAAAGGCGUCGGAGUCCAUGUCGAUCGGACGGCUGCGCGGCUACCUCGUCAAGCUGCGCGGCUACCUCGUCAAGUUCAGAGACCAGCUGCUGCGCGGCUACCUCGUCAAGCUGCGCGGCUACCUCGUCAAGUUCAGAGACCAGCGCGCCGCCGCCCACGGCCAGUCGUACGUCGUCGGAGUGAUCACCGACCAGGCGCAAUCUCGGGCGAUCUCGGAGUCGCCUCGGGUCAUCUCGGAGUCGCCUCGGGUCAUCUCGGGCCAUCUCGGGCGAGACACCCUCGCGGCGUUCGCGCGGACCACCGGCAUGGGUUGUUUCGCGCGGACCACCGGCGGCUCUCGCGCGGACCCCGGCCGCAGUGGCAGGGCGGCCGCCAGCAGCCUCUCGGCCGUCGCGGCUCUCGGCCCGCUGCCGUGGGCUGCACCGCCGCCGUCGAUGGCGCCGCCGCCGCUGCGCGCCGCGUCUGGCGACGCGCUCUGCGCGCCCCCCACGCUCCCGCCCUCCCUCGGGAUCGGCUCCGGAGGCGGUGGCGGCGGGAGAAGCGGCUAUCCCGGCAGCUAUGGCGGCGGCAGCUAUGGCGGUAGCGGCUAUGGCGGGAGCGGCUCUGGCGGCGGCGGGAUCGGCCCUGGCUUUGGCCCCGGCAGCAGCAGCGGCAGCUUCGGCGCCUGCCUGGCGCUAUUCCCGCCCCCGCCCGCGCCUCCGCAGCCGCCGCUCCCCCUUCUUCCCUUUGAGUCGUGGCUCUCCACGGGCGGCGGCGCCGGCGUCGGCGCCGGCGUCGGCGCCGGCGUCGGGGGCGGCGUCGGGGGCGGCGUCGGGGGCGGCUGCGGCUACGGUGGCGGCGGCACGGGCGGCGGCAAGGGCGGUUGCGGCGGCGGUGGCGCGUCCUACAGCGGCGCAGGCAGCGGAGGCUCUGGCGGCUAUGGCGGGGGCUCCGGCGGGGGGCGAGGCUGCGGCAGCCGUGGCGGCGACGCGGGGCUCGGCGGCGGCGGAGGCUGCGGCGGCAACGGGUGCGCGCUGGCGAUUGGACGUGCCCCGGGUGCGGACUCAACGUCUUCGGAUGGAAGCACGCUUGCUUCAAGUGCAGCACGCCGAAGCCUGGCGGCGGCGGCGGCGGCGCAGCAGUCAGACACGGAGGCGGCGGCGGCGGCGGAGGCGGCAGCUGCGGCGGUGGCGGUGGCAGCUUGGGAGGAUGGGGCGCCAGCAGCCGUGUCGGCGGAGGAGGUGACGGUCACGGUGGCGGAGGAGGAGGCGGCUGGGGUGGCGGAGGAGGAGGCGGCUGGGGAGGCGGUGGAGGAGCCGGCUGCGGAGGCGGUGGAGGAGGCGGCUGGGGAGGCGGUGGAGGAGCCGGCUGGGGAGGCGGUGGAGGCGGAGGCUGCGAUAGCGGCGGGCGCAGCGCGAGUGGGCGCGGCUGGGGAGGCGGAGGUGCUGCAAGGCACGUGCGUGGUUGGGGCGGGAGUGGUGGCGGCGAUGGAGGCGGUGGCGGCGGCGGCGGUGGCGACAGCGGCGGCGGCGGCGACGACGACGGAGGCGGAGGCGGCGGCGGAGGAGGAGGCGGCGGCGAUGGCGGCGGAGGAGGAGGAGGCGGAGGGAGCGGUAGCAGCGGGCAUGGCAGCUGGAGCAGAGGCCGUCCGCCAGGUUGUUGCGCGUCUGCUCACUGGCUCAGCGUAUUCUCCCGGCGGCGAGGGCUCAGAGGGCGCCUACUCUCCCGGCGCCGAGGACACACUGGAGGCUUCGGCCGCUCCCCCUGCGACGUGCCCGGCGGCCGGCGCUGUCGCUGCGUCGUUGGCGGCGGAGGAGGCCGCUGCCGCACCUGCCGCUUCUGCCGCUGCUCACGCCGAUCUGGAGGGCGCCUACUCGCCAGGGGCCGAGUCGGAGGGCGCGUACAGCCCGGGCCCCGAGGAGGAGGAGGCGGGGGAGGCUUUGGCCGCUCCCGCCGGCACGGAGGGGUUUGGCGCUGCCGCGGCUGACAUCGCUGAGUCGCCCGCCGCCGAGUCGGACGGAGCGUACUCGCCGGGCGCAGACUAG